GCGGGGUCUUUUAGCAGAAGUUUAAAAACGCGUCUGUUGGAAAUAACACUUUUGGGGCGCAGCUCACCCUCCGAAGGUUCCGACGAGUCCAGCUUGCCGCCCGCGCACAAAAGCACAUCUCCCCGCGCAACACCCAAACGUUCGUCAACACACCCGAAUACAUAAGCGGAGCAUUGCCCUGCUCCCAUUCCCUUCCUUUUUACCGUUCGCAAGUACAUGCCGAGUAUCAUGUCUUCGAUUCCACAUGCUGUUCGCACUGCAGAAGAAGUCAAAUGUCGAAAGGCUCACGCCCCAAUGCGACCAGCUACCCUCGAGAGGCCCACGAGCCUCGAAACCCGGUCUCUGUUAGCUCUUUCCGUCGACCACUCUGAUACGAGCUUUGAACAAGAGUUGCGCGCCAUAUUAGAGGGACACGACUGGGGAGUCGUAUGGAAGGACUUUCCCCGCUUGGCACAUAGAGUGGAGAUUUGGGAGGGCAAUGAGCUUGUGCAGGUGGAGGAGCCAGGCGUUUGGCAAGGCCAAGAGGACGAGAAAGUCGACAAUACUCUUGUAGAAUCGGAAUAUGUAGAUCAGCUUGACAGUCGGCAAAGUCCCAGCCCACACCUGCUACCUGACACUACAAAACCAGACUCUAUUGAGCAAGAUACCAAUCCAGCUUCGUCAAAUCAUUCCAGUAGUUCUGACGCAUCAUCCCAGAGCCGUUUCAAUAACCUUUCCACCCUCCUUACUCUAGCACGACAUCUAGAGCCUGAAGCAACCCUCACAGCGCUUCGGGAUGAGAUAAAAAAGAGUUCAUAUUGCGCACAGGGAGACCACAUCGCAGUCAAACACCUUGUCACAAAUAUUCUGACAACGAGCUCGCCAACGGCCCGACUAUUAAGAGCACUCAACCAAUGCAUCGUACUCACUGGCGCAUAUUACCUUCAUCAAAACCUCCUCGGGCCUUGUGGGUUAAUGGCAAGGGAUGUUCGUGGACCAGAGGGAUGGAAGAUUAUUGUCAGAUUUUGUGAAGCGAUUGAACCUUCGGAUGAUAGGGACAAUGAGAUGCAAAAUGAUGAGAGUGAGGAUCCACCUGUGCCGGCCACAGCAUCCGACAUUCCUGUCAACUUGCCCCCAACUACCCUGCCAUCACCAUCAUCGCAACCAGUACAUCGCAACCGUGCUAUCUAUAUCUCACAUCAACGCCGAGAACGCUCUCUGGACGGUGCACCGGAGAGAUUUCUCUUGGACUGGUGUGUGCAUCUCGCAUUCGACCAAACAGCUCAGUUUCAAGGAGCUAUGCUCAAAGUCGCUCGUUUCGAAGUCGAUCAUAAAGGAGUGGACCCCGCCCGUCGCGACGAACUGUUGCGAAGGUUUUGCGGAACUGAUGGCCUUGUCAUUCAGCAAGAGGUGGUGAAUGGCGUAGUUGGCUCUACAUUACCUCGAGGGGGGCGGGUUAUGAGAAGAGAUUCUCAACGAGCGCGGAGUAAAUUGAUGCCGGCGUGGCUAAAACCUUUGAGAAAGAAGGAGAGUAGGGAUGGUGAAGGGCGAACGGGUUUCCGAACCCUGCGGGGUGGCAUUACCGCCUGAGAUAGGUUGAGGUCAUUUUCGCAAGAGCGUGGGAGCGGAGCUUUCCAUGACGAGAUGGUUGUGGAUCGCUGCGUCAGUCUCCUUAUCGGAUUAGUGUAUUGUAAAAUAGAGUUGAAUAUACUGAACAUAUCUUUGCAACUUGUCAAUUUUUGUUACCAAUGCGAUUGUCG